UAAUUGGUUUGCUUUUAUUCUUUAUACACUAAAUAUAUAUAUAUAUAUAUAUUUCUCAUAGAUAGAUAUUUAAUCUAUUAUAGAAGAUAAAUAGAAAAUGUCAUACGGUCCUAAAGCCGCAGAGAGAUUAUCUGGGAAGAUUAUCUUGAUUACUGGUGCUUCAGCCGGUAUCGGUGAAUCUACUGCUAGAGAGUUUGCAGCUGCCGCUGCAGGCAAUGUGAAGCUUAUUCUCACUGCUAGAAGAGCAGAAAAGUUGUCGGCCUUGGCUGAGGACUUAAAGAAAGAAUACUCCAACAUUUCUGUUCAUACUGCAACAUUGGAUGUGUCCAAGAUUGAUACUAUUGGUAAAUUUGUCACUGAUCUUCCAACUGAAUUUGCAGACAUUGACAUUUUGGUAAACAAUGCCGGUUUGGCAUUGGGCCGUGAUAGUAUCGGUACAAUCAUUGAACUGGACAUCCAGGCGAUGUUCAACACCAAUGUAUUGGGCCUUAUCACCAUGACUCAAGCCGUAUUGCCAAUCUUCAAGAAGAAGAAUAGCGGAGACAUUGUCAACUUGGGAUCCAUUGCUGGUAGAGAUCCUUACCCUGGUGGAGGUAUCUAUUGCCCAACCAAGGCUGCAGUGAAAUCGUUCUCCCACGUGUUGAGAAAGGAAUUGAUUAACACUAAAAUUAGAGUAUUCGAAGUUGAUCCAGGUAAUGUUGAGACAGAAUUUUCAAACGUUAGAUUUAAGGGAGACUUGGAAAAGGCAAAGCUGGUUUAUUCUGGAACUGAACCAUUGUUGGCUGAAGAUAUUGCAGAAAUCAUUGUCUUUGCCUGUUCUAGAAAGCAAAAGACUGUGAUUGCCGAGACUCUUGUGUUCUCCACCAACCAGGCCAGUGCUACCCACUUAUAUAGAGACAGUUAGAUAUUGAAGCUAUAUUUGUC